UAAUGAAAGAAAUGAUUACUGUACUUGUAGGCAUCUGAUUUGUCGGGUGUUCGGAGAGGCCGCCUGCAAAGCCAUGGUGUACAUCACCAAUGCCUGCAUGUACAGCAGCGUCUUCAUCAUCACCAUCAUGAGUGUGGAGCGCUUCCUGGCACAUUUCUAGUCAAUUUAACUGACAAGUCUUAGACAACACACCCUGGGAUCCCCCUUUUUUGCUUUUGGUUUUAAUUUGUAGUAAGUUAGCUAUAGGUUCUCACUUCUCAACCUUUGUUCUGCUUAUUCUUAUUUUAGUUUCAUUUUCAUAGAUUCAACUUCAGAAUACAGACAUUCAUCUCAACACAAUAAUGAAAGAAAUGAUUACUGUACUUGUAGGCAUCUGAUUUGUCUCCUCCUUUUUCUGUCACAUGGAUAAUGCCUACGGGAAGGCUGUUUUGCUUUCUCAGCUAAAUCAUACGGAACUGGAGAGCAGCGAGUGUCAGUCAGAACUCUGAUUGACUGAAACCAGAGACGAAUAUGAACAGCUCUCACAGUGAUGAUACGGUACUGGACGAGUGGUCAUCUGCAGGGAACACCGCUGCCUGUGUGAUCCUGGCCAUGUGCUUCCUGGUGGGUACACCUGGGAACCUGUUGGUGAUGUGGACCAUCUUGAAGUAUGUGAAACGUCGCUCUCACACGGUGCUGCUCAUCCUCCACCUUGCAGCCGCAGACCUUCUGGUACUGAUCACCCUGCCACUGUGGAUCUACUCGCUGGCCCGUUCCUGGGUGUUCGGAGAGGCUGCCUGCAAAGCCAUGGUGUACAUCACCAAUGCCUGCAUGUACAGCAGCGUCUUCAUCAUCACCAUCAUGAGUGUGGAGCGCUUCCUGGCUGUCAGGUACCCUUUGAAGAUGCUGUAUUGGCAAAAUGGGACGUCCCUGUCCAGAAUACUUCCAGUGACCUGGAUCCUGUCAUUCAUUUUGGGGGUUCCUGUCAUCCUGACUCAGCGUCUAGAUGGUGAUGAUGAUGGAAUGAAACACUGCUUGUGCCGGUUCUACGACUCUGUGUCUUUUGAAGUCUUCUGUAUUUGUUUGGAGACUCUGCUUGGCUUCAUCAUUCCUUUUUCCACACUUGCGAUCUGUUACUGUCAAGUUGCCACACAGCUCCGCAAGGUGCGCUUUAAGACCAAGCAGAAAUCCGUCUUCCUCAUUGGUGGAGUGGUCGUGGCCUUCAUUUUGUGUUGGUUACCCCACCACGUUCUUAAUAUCAUAGAUAUGGUUCAUCUAGUAGGGCAAUUAGAUGAACUAUCUCCUAUACCAAAUAGUGCUGUCUUCAUUUCUGGAGCUCUGGCUUUUAUCAGUAGCUCAGUAAAUCCUGUGCUGUAUGUGUUUGCUUCUAGAAUCUUCCAUGGAAAUCUACAAAAGUUUGGGAUAGUAAAACUGUUUCAAGACUUAGCAACAACGAAAGAAGUCUUACAGGAUUCUGGACAGCAGGAUGGAAAGAGCUUGGAAGAUCCUAAUGGUGGUGAACAGAGGGAACUCGUGGAUCUCUGAGUAACUGCUAGACUCUUUAGAAGUUAUAUUUUUUUAAUGUUUUUUUUGUGUAAAUAAGUUUAAAUGUUUAUAGAUGUUUAUAGAGAUGUCACAAUUUCGGUGUCCAUAUCAAAUUAAAUUAACAAAAGUUAUAUUUUAUAUACAUAAAAACAUGUUAAAUGCAAGUAAUGUGUCUACUUUAAUAUUUCAAAUAACAUUUGUGAAAAUAAAAUGUCAACAUAGGGGGGAAAUAAUGUUCCAGAUUGUAAAACUAUCAUUCAGUGUAAUGGUCCGGACUUUGAUUUUGCCAUUAUAUUUUUAAAUAAACAUAUAAAAUACCAAUUUUAAAAAA